CACCGCGCAGGCCCGUACAAAAUGGCGUCCUGUGAUAUGAAGUGUAUAAUGUUAACAUAUCGCGUUCUACCGAUCGAUAUCAAUGGAGGAAUCGGGCUUUCGGUGUUCUCCUCCACCGUGUUUGCAAUUAGUAAUUUUAGGGUUUCACUAAGUGAGAAAGUCUUUAAAAGUGUUGUUUUGAAGGAGUUACAUCACUGUAGUUCGGAAAAGCUUCAAAAUUGAAUGAAAAAUGUCUUUCAAAUCACGCAGGAAUUGAAGAGUGACAGCAACUCUGUGCUAUUUCUAAAGUAAAAGCUGUAGAUCUCACCACACAAAUGGUCCUGGAGAAUAAACGAAACGAAGACACUGAUAAUAUGAACUCUGCUGUGAGCACAGAGUCAAUGGACAUGGCUGAGGAGGACAUGUCCCAAGUGGACGGGUGUGGGCUGAGCGGUGCGUCGGAGGACGACGAGGAGUGCGUGUCAUCUGCGGCCGGCUCAGCCUACGAGGACGCGGGAGACAUCGUCAAGUCGGCCAUGAGCGACGAGGUCACCAAACAACUUGCGGCCGCUGGUCCGGUUGGAAUGGCUGCCGCAGCGGCGAUCGCCUCAUCCAAGAAACGCAAGCGGCCACAUUCUUUUGAAACUAACCCCUCAGUAAGGAAGAGACAUCAGAACAGAUUGCUGAGAAAGCUGAGGCAAACGAUCGAAGAGUUCGCGACACGUGUGGGGCAGCAGGCUGUGGUACUGGUAGCAACGCCGGGAAAGCCCAACACCUCGUACCGAGUGUUCGGCGCCAAGCCGCUCGAAGACGUGGUGCGGAACCUACGCUGCAUGAUCAUGGAGGAGCUGGAGAACGCGCUGGCCCAGCAGUUCGGGCUGGGCGGGGGCCCGCAGGCUCCUCCGCCGCCGCAGGAGGACCCGUCGCUGUUCGAGCUGCCGCCGCUCAUCAUCGACGGGAUCCCCACGCCCGUCGAGAAGAUGACGCAGGCGCAGCUGCGAGCCUUCAUCCCGCUCAUGCUCAAGUACUCCAUGGUACGGGGCAAGCCUGGUUGGGGGCGCGAGUCCACAAGGCCGCCGUGGUGGCCCAAAGACUUGCCCUGGGCUAACGUGCGCAUGGAUGCAAGGUCUGAAGAUGAGAAGCAAAAGAUGUCAUGGACGCACGCGUUGCGUCAGAUCGUAAUCAACUGCUACAAGUACCACGGGCGCGAGGACCUGCUGCCGGCUUUCACCGAGGACGACGACGACAAGCACCACCAGAGACCCUCCUCGCCCAAUUCGUGUAUGGCGAGCAUUAGUUGCGGGUCGGGCUCCGGCAAGCACGGGCAGCAGGCGGUGCUGACGUCACAGCAAGUGUGCAUCGACCAGAUGACACUAGCUGAUGUGGAUAUGUCACAGUACGCGCCAGCAGUGCUGCAAACCAUCACCAACCCAGACGGCAGCGUGUCGUUCAUACAGGUAGACCCCAACAGUCCCAUCAUCACGCUGCCCGAUGGAACCACCGCGCAAGUUAUUCAGAGCGCGGAAGGUGGCGCCGUGGUGAGCAGCAUGAGCAUGGAUGGCACCGAUGGCGCCGUCGUGGAGCUCAACACAGUGGACGGGCAGCUGCCUCCGGACACGCAGAUCAUACUCACCACCGAGGAUGGACAUGGUUACCCAGUGUCGGUGUCUGGUGUGAUCACGGUGCCGGUGUCGGCGUCCGUCUACCAGUCCAUGGUGGCGUCCAUGCAGCAGCAGGACGGCGUGUGUAUGGCGCCGCUCGUGCAGGUGGAACAGAACGGCGAGACGCUGGAGGCGAUCUCGAUGAGCGGUGGUGUGGCCCAGGUGAUGGUGCAAGGUAGCAGCGGUGAGGCACAGGUGCUGCAGGUGCUGAGUCUCAAGGACGCCACCGCCCUCAGCAAGGCGAUGCAGCAACAAGUGAAGCCGGAGCGCGAGGCUGUUGUGGCUGACUCCUAGCUACUGGGUCUGGUCACGGAGCGUGACCACGAUCACGACUGUGACCUCGACCACGACCACAAACUAGGGCAUGAACACGAUCAUCGGUUGCGCCAUCAUGAAUUAGGUCAUGAUCGCGAACAUGAGUUAGACCACGAUCAUGAGUUAGACCACGAUCAUGAGUUAGACCACGAUCACGAUCAUGAGUUAGACCAUGACCGUGAAUUAAAACAUGACCAUGAAGCUGAAUUAGAUCGUGACCACGAACACGGUCAUGAACUUGGGCAUGGCCACGAACAUGACAUGAGCCCCGACGAGUCUCCAAUUGACCUCGCUGGUAAUGCGCAUUGAUUAGUAUCUCAACUGUUACCAUUACUGUUAGAUCGUAGACGUAUCUUUUAAAGUCAAAUAUCUACUAGUCAAAACUAAAUCGCUCGAUAGAGAGAUAUAUAUAUAAUAUGUGAGGUUAUUGUACGAGAUAUGUUCCGUUUUCUACGUAAAGUGAUUGGUAUCAAAUAACAUGAGAGUGAAUGUUGCUGUCAUAAAAAAACAAAACUCCUGUCCAAAGUAGAAAGUGACAGUGUUGUUUCACACCAUAAUAGCAUCUCUAUAUUUCAUAAUUUGUAAAAAAUGUAAUAUAAAAUGUCGUAAUAAUAUUAACAUAGUAGUAAUAGCAAUCCAUAGUAUAUUAUAUAAAACUAUACUCGAAAUAUAAUUUAGCAAUUUCGAUUCAUAUAAAAAUAAAAACAUUUUUUAUAAUUUAUCUAAAAUACUCAAGUGAAAUAUAAUUCAGCCUGAGACUACCAUCUAUCUACAUGGAUAGAACUACCAUAAUAAUUAAUUAUGAGUAAUUAGUCUAUAUUAUGAUGAAAGAAAUGCAACCAAUUAUUAUUUUAGCAAACAUCACAUAUGGAAUCAAGUGACAUAUAUUAGCUCCUCCUUCGUCAAAUUCUCGUUUGCUCAAUAAUUCCUGUUUUCGCGCCUAAAUUAGCAUUCAGAUCUUGACAGCCAGUGCUCGGCUGUCGGGACCCCUUAGCAGCUGUCAUCUCUCAACUGUCAGCUGUCAACUAGCUACGCGCUUCUUUAUUAGUCGAACUAGUCGUUCGCUCCCCUUCUUUCAGAAUUUGAUAGCAUAGGCAUGCUCUUUUGAACAGCAAAGUAGUGCAAACCAACAAUGGCUUCAAUGUUUAGUUAGUUUACAUAAUUGCAAUUUACGUAGGGUUACUCUAUUUUUUUUUGGAAACAAAACAGUCUAUGUUUUAGUAAAGUCAAUCAUACAAUAUUAAUAAGAAAAACCUAACAUUCUUUUUUAGAUAGUAAUUUGAGUUAAAUUAGGUUUUUUUUUAAUUAAAUCUUAGCAGUAUUAAUUGCCCCCUGUGGCUUUUAUCAUACAAAGGCAUUUCAUGCUUAUAAUCGCUGUUGUUAAUAUCUUACUUGGGCAUGAGGUUCUAUGUUCUUUCGAAAAUUCGCUUUAUAAAAAUUUAUUAUUCAAACUAUUAAAUUAAUUACGUUUGUUAAUUUUGAAACACGUUUUACAGAUUUGAAUUUUUUCCUUGAAUGCUUCCGAGGGAUAUGAUUCGACCACCUGUCUUAAGGUUAUACUAAAGAUAGCAAAAAGUUUUCUUACUCCCGUAGCAUUACCUAGCUGUACAGUAAUUUUAUCUGUAUCUUUCGCAAGAAAAAGCCCGCUCUAUAUAUGGUGAUAUCCCUGUAUAUUCAUCCAAAUGUGUGUUAAUUAUGAUAAUUAACAAACAUACUGUAAGAUCUUCAAUUUGUACAACAUCUGUGGUUAAUUAAGGAUACAAAAAGAUGAGGUAAACCAACGAGCUAACCUUCGUUAUGCAAUUUCAUUUGGGAACGAUCAAUGGCACUUCGAAAACUAAUAAUAAAUUCAGUAAAACCAGUUUUGCGACCAGACGAUCAUGGUAAAACCAUCCAACAUUUUUAAACUUCAUAUAUUUUAGAAAAUGUGAUCCAUUUUUGUUUAUUAGCAUUUUUAUAUCCUGACAUAUAAAAAUAUCAAAAGCGCCAUUAAUGAAAUAAAUUUUACAGUAGUAUAGCUGCGCUAUCUUUAAAAUAUAGAAGUCGAUCUAUUAUGCAAUUCAAACUCAAAUAUAUUUAUUCAAAAUAGGAUGUGACAUCACUUAUUGAAAGUCAAAAAACUACCACCCAUUCCAAAAUGAAUGCCUCAGACCUGAGAAGAAUGGGCGCAACAAACUCAGCGGGCUUUUUUUUCAUCGAAUAAAUAUGUUUACAAAGUAAUUUUGUACAAUUAAACCUAUUAUUUAAUAGCCUGAGGGCGGUCACUCCAUUCCCAAUCUGUGGUAUCAUUAAGAAAGUCAUUUAUGUUACAGUAACCUUUACCACACAAACGUUUUUUAAACAAUUCUUUUGAAUAACGUAAUACUUUUGUUUUAAACAUUUUCUGGGAUCUUGUUGUAAAAUCAUAUACAUCGCCCCACAAAAGACUUACUAACUCGACUUAGCCGAGUAGUAGGCAUCAUCAGUUUAUGUCUGUUCCUGGUGUUAACAUUAUGGGUAUGACAGUUUCUGGCAAAUUCACUUAUGUGCCUAUGAACAUACAUUACAUUAUCAAGAAUAUAAUGAGAAGCAACAGUCAAGAUGUUAAUUGUGUAGCUAGCCUGACUUUCAUAUUAAGUUUUCUGUAACAAACAUGUGCUUAUGUAACUUUGGUAGCAAGAUAUAAACCCUUUUGCUGAUGUAUUUCAUGCAGUGAUAAUAAUAUUUUUUUUUAAAUGGCAUGGGAGGAGCUGUAUGUGUUACUGUUUCAGUGAUUACUUAACAUCCGCCUGUGAAAUGGCCUAUAUUCCUAUUUCGUAAAAGCUUUAAGUCUUCGUUUCUCAACAAGGGGUCGUUUGUACUUACCAUGUAGCUUUAAAGUUUAGAUCAUAAUAUUACACUUAUUAGGGCGUAGUAAUUAUGAGUAAAUUAUAAAAGUUUAAAUUAUACCUACUAUUCAACAAACUAACCAGUAUAAAUUAAUAGAUGGCCAAAUAUGGACUAUAUAUACAUAUUUUUUAUCUGUGUUCCCGACAGUAAAUUUGAGAAACGAAUGCAAAAGCACAACAAACUAUUACAUUGAAUGUAGAUACUAAAAUUGUAAAACUUUAUAAUUGUAUUAGAUUAAUUUUAUUUAUUAGAAUGAUUCAAAUUUUAUUUAUGUCACUUUUAUUAUUUAUUUUGUGCAAUAUUUAUCUCGAAAGCGUGUUCAUUCUAAAUAUUAUAAUACACUUAGGAUAAUUUACACGUCUAGAUAUGCGACAGCUGUGAACACGUCGAAAAAAAUAAUGGCAAACGAUAAGGCGCCAAAUCAGGCCAACGACCUUCAACGUUUGGGCGGAGUUAGGUAUCUCGAUUCACGCGUGCACACCAAUCACAAGCAAGUAUAAUUCGUGUGAAAGUCAGCGGCAUACUACCUCCCAUCGCUCGCACACGGCCGUUUGUACUAUUUGCAAAAUUUUUUAACCGUCGGAUUGGAGAUUAUAUAUCAAUCCCAAACAUAUAUUUUUUUAAAUCUUCCAGCUAACUCAUUGCAGGCCCUCAAAGAUGAUCAUUUCGCGAUACCAAGCGCCUUAACCUCUAUUUUCAACAAUUCGCGCACACUAAAACAAAGUGACAUACGUAUCGCGAGUGUAAGGCGUCACUCACACUAACGUAAUUAACCUGGCCUGUUGUUAUGCGUUGCCUAGCAGCAAGAUGCUCCAUCUAGACGUAUAAAUCAUCUAAGAUUAUACAUUCCUUAAGUUAGAUGUAUUAUUUUAGUGCAAUGAUUGUUUUUAAUUUAUUCGUUUAAUUAUUUUUAACUUAACGUUAUACAACUUAUUCUAGUCUUCUCAAGUCAUUUAUAUUGUUCUAGUCUAGUAAAUUGUAAAAUAUUGUAGUCGAAUUUAUGUAUUUUCCGAUUUCUUGUCGAGAGGGAGUCCGAAUAUUGAAUGAUCUUUAUUUAGAUUAAUAGUAUUCGAUUAACAUUUAUCGAAUGAUAUCAGAUUAUUUUAUAAUCUGUGUAAUAUAUUAGCUACGAUAUGGUUGAUGACUUCCAAUAGUUAUUACUGGGUACAUACCUUAACAGUAGGUAAUAUCGAUCCUUAUCUAGUGUAAAACAAUUAUAUUAAAAGUAUUCGUGAAUUUCAUAAAGGGUAUGAUCCGAUAUUCACUGCGAGCACUGCACAGUGCUAUCACUGUAGAAAAAUUCGUUCCGUUAUGGACUGCCGCAGGAAAAUAUAUGACGUCAUAAAUCGCCGCCAUAUUCUACUGUGAGCACUGGCGUUUUCGAGGUAAGUUACUCGCAGUACUUUGAUCACGUGAUCAGUCAAAACUACUUGAGUGCCUAAAGUCUUAAUUAAAAUAUUUUUAAUUUGACAGUACUCCAACAACAGUUUUCUUUAAUAAACUAGAAAAAUUUAAUACACUCAUUUGAAUCUUGCGUUAAAAAAAUGCGGCUGACAGUAUGCGGGAUUGCGUUCCGUUUUAAAUAGUAACCAGUGUAACUGGCUAUAAACGAACGGGCUUCACAGUGUACAAAAUUGACGUCACACUGUACAGUGGUCGCAGUGCAUAUCGGAACAUACCCAAAAUAACGAUGGUAAAAUGUUUGUAAUGUAGACAACAUAGAAAGUACAAAGCUAUGUAAAAUGCAUAAUAUUUAUUGAUCUAUUUAAAAGACACGACCUAAUACCUAAUAAUUAUUGAAUGUUUUUAAUAUUAUUUAAUUUAUUUAGUGUUCCAUGAUAGGUAAUUAUAAUAAUUUAUGUUUUGAUUGUAUGUUUAUGGUAAGAAACGGAAGCACAAUUUUGUUGAUAAGUAUCUACAAUUUGAUAGUGUAAAUAUUGUAUGACAGUGUGUAAAUGCAGUGAUUAAAAUAUUUACCUACGAAAUUU